UCGAGAAAUCAACAAGAAAAGCCACCAUGCGAUCACCUCGUUCUUCCUCUUGUUCCAAGUGCUCUUCUUCUUCUUCUUCUUCAAGUUAUUCACUCGCUGCAACGAGUUUGAAAAGCAGACUCUUGACGAUAUUCAAGAAAGCUCAGGAGCUUACUACUCUCUGUGAUAUCGAAGCCUGCGUCAUUCAUUAUGGACCUGACGGAGAAAUGAGGACAUGGCCUGAGAACAGAGACAUAGUGAGAUCCCUCGCUCUCCGCUACAUCCAGUUAGACCAAGCCAAGAGACGCAAGAAAAGCGUCAAUCUUUACGAGUUCCUCAACAAGAAUAAGGAGAAGAAGAAGAUGAUCGACAAUUUCAAGAAGGCGAAGAGGAAUGUUGAAGAACUAAAGUAUCCAAUCUCUGAUCAUUACACUCCCGACCAAAUCAACCAACUGAUUCACUCCUUGGAACUAAGCUACUCGAAAUUGCAAGAAAGACGUCGUUUUCUUGCGGCAAAAGCAAACUUGGAUGACCGUCAACAUUCUUUGAACCCCAACCACUUCACCAAGUACCCACAAGAGUCUUGUGUUUAUGAUCAGAACAACAACAACUACAACUUUCAACAUCUUUGCCUUUCAGAUUACUCAACGUUACAUUAUCAGUUGAUGCCUUAUGGUGGUUCUGAUCAGAACAUGAUGUGUAUGGUUAACAACUUUCAACAUCCUUGCGUCUCCUCAAACACAACAGAUUACUCAGUGUUUCCACUAGAGCUACAAGAAUCUGUGAGCAACUACGAGUUGAAUCAGUUGAUGCCUCAUGAGCUUAAUUAUGGCUUUGAUCAGAAUAUGUGUAUGGCUGAUACUACCAACAGCUGCAACGUUGAAGAUCCAUGUCUCUCAGAUGACUUCUGCUUUGAUUUUCAGGACCCUUAUAGUGGUUUCAUGGUCGGUAACCCUAGCUUCUCUCAUGAUUUUAAUCCCGUUAUGUCUUCAAGCUAUGUCGAUGAGAACAGACUACUUCAGGCAUCUACUCUACCAUCCCUCUAG